AUGACUUCCAGCUCAAUCCCCCCAAAAUCGACCCCUCUUCCGGCCGGGGUUUACACCCCAGUCGUCACCAUCUACAAAGCUGGCGACCCCGAACAGCCCGUCGACCAUGAUGCCAUGUACAAGCAGUGCCAGGCGCUGGUUAAGGCCGGCAUGCAUGGCCUCGUCUACUCGGGAACCAAUGGUGAACUCUGUCUUCUCACCUCCGACGAGCGCAAAGCCAUCGUCGAAACCGCCGUCCGGGCCGUCAAAGACCUCGGCAAGCCAAACUACCCGAUCGUCGCCGGCAUCUCAGCGCAGUCGACGCGCGAGGCCAUCAUCAACGCCAAAGACGCAGCAUCCGCCGGCGCAAACUUUGCGCUUCUGUUGCCGCCCAGCUACUGGCCCAAGGCACUCUCCGGCGAGGCGAUAUUGGGCUAUUUCCGCGACGUCGCUGACAACUCGCCCAUCCCCAUCGUCAUCUACAACUUCCCCGCCGUGACAUCCGGCGUAGAUCUCGACUCGGACCAGCUUGCUGCCCUGGCGUCGCAUCCCAACAUUGUGGCUGUGAAGCUUACCUGCGGCAACGUGGGCAAGGUGACCCGGUUGGCGAGCCAGUUCAAGCCUGAGCAGUUCGGCGUCUUUGGCGGCAGCAGUGACUACCUACUGCCGACACUAGCUGCUGGAGGAAGUGGCUGCGUGACGGGGAUGGGCAACAUCUUCCCGGCUUCCACGUCGGCCUUGUAUGAUUUGUGUAAGGCCGGAAAGGCGGAAGAAGCCUGGAAACUCCAGUACGCCGUAGCAAACGCGGAAUGGGCGUGCAAGAAAGGAAUAGCCCUCACGAAAUUCGGCGCCUGGCACUUCUUGGGCCGCGAGAUUGGAGUUGCUGACGAGUCCUCUUGGGAGAUGAGGAGGCCGUAUCUGCCGUUGGGCGACGCCACGAAGAAGUGGGCUUUGGAGACGUUUGCGGCGCUUGAAGCCACCGAGAAGCAGAGAUCAUGGGGCAGCUAG